GUGAGAUGUAAUAGAUGCACGCCUAAACAACAUUUUCUUUUCCUCUUUAUCUCAUGGUGUUUUCUUUCACGUUAUACGUUUUGGCUAGAGUAUUUGCAUUUCAAAUGACCCGCAUGCUGGUUGGCUGGAAAACAAUCAUCCCAUCGUUGUGAACAAACUCGCUCUGCUUUCGCCGAGGAGGAAGAGGAACGGAGCACCUCGGCUGCGCACGCCGCGCUUUAAUUCAGACAAACCAGAGGCUAUUUGACAAUAGCCGGCUCGGACUGUAGGGGCUGUGGAGGAGGUGGACCGGGGCGAUGAUGACGGGCAAAUCUGUGAAAGAUGUUGACAGAUACCAGACUGUCCUCAACUCUUUACUGGCUCUGGAGGAGAACAAAUUCUGCGCUGACUGCGAAUCUAAAGGUCCAAGAUGGGCAUCCUGGAAUCUGGGCAUCUUCAUCUGUAUCCGCUGUGCUGGUAUCCACAGAAACCUGGGAGUCCACAUCUCCAAAGUCAAGUCUGUGAAUCUGGACCAAUGGACACAAGAGCAGGUCCAGAGUGUGCAGGAGAUGGGAAAUGCCAAAGCCAAACGCCUGUAUGAGGCUUUCUUACCGGAGUGCUUUCAGAGGCCAGAGACGGACCAGUCAGCAGAGAUCUUCAUCAGGGACAAGUAUGAUAAGAAGAAAUACAUGGAUAAGGUCAUUGACAUCCAAAUGCUCAGGAAAGAAAAGAGCUGUGACAACAUACCCAAGGAGCCAGUUGUGUUUGAGAAGAUGAAGUUGAAAAAAGACAUCAGCCCGAAGACAGACUCCCAGGGUGUCACUGACCUGCUUGGAUUAGACGCUCCUUCUCCCAGUCCAGCAGUGUCUAAUGGUGGAAGAUGUGCUGCAGACAGUAAUGAGAGCCCAGCGGUGUCUAAUCCAGCUCUGGCACACUCAGCACUGGAUCUGUUCAACUCCCUGCCAGCACCCUCCUCUGCUUCCUCCUCAAAAACCACGCCUGUUUCAAACUCAAUGCCUCAGAACAGAGUGACAGCCUCAGUGCCUGAAAACCUCAGUCUGUUCCUGGAUCCUGCACCCAAAGCAGAGGAGGGCACUGUCAAGAAGCUGUCCAAGGACUCUAUUCUCUCCCUAUACGCCUCCACACCCUCAAUACAUGCCAGCAGUAUGGCUACUCAUGGCUUGUAUAUGAAUCAAAUGGGAUAUCCAACACACCCGUAUGGAUCGUACCAUUCUUUAGCCCAGGCAGGUGCAAUGGGAGGCACCAUGAUGACAUCACACAUGGCCAUGAUGGGACAGCAGCAGGCUGGUAUGAUUGGAGCUCAACAGAACGGCAUGAUGGGACAGCAGAAUGGCUUAAUGGGUGCCCAGGGUGUCAUGGCUCAGCCAGGUGGCGUGAUGGCGUCACCCUAUAUGACAGGGAUGGCCCAGGGCAUGAUGGGACAGCAACAGAAUGGGAUUAUGGGGCAGCAGCAGAGCGGGAUGAUGGGGCAGCAGCAGGUUGGGGGCGUGGCCACGUUACCUCAUCAGCAGAUGUACGGUGUGCAGCAAGCCCAGCAGCUACAGUGGAACCUCGCCCAGAUGACCCAGCACAUGGCCGGCAUGAAUCUCUAUAACACCAACGGCAUGAUGGGAUAUAACAGUCAACACAUGGGAGGCCAGACAGCUCCAAGCUCAGCGCACAUGACAGCUCAUGUUUGGAAAUGAUCUCACCUGUCCAAGAAGUGACGUUAACGCCGCUGCCCACAAAACAGAGCUGAUUCGUAGGAAUCUGUGGAUUAGACUCGCCAAGAGAUUUUCUAAUACAAGGGAGGAAGAGGAGGAAGAGGUGACAGGUGUGAGGAAAAAUAAGGUUCUGGAAACCAUUACUACCUCUCUUUCUCUCUUCUCUCCGCCCAUGCUUCCUCUUCUUGUCUUUUCCAUGGCCAUGUUUUUGCAUAUCUCCAUGCUUGCCUUUAAAACAUUUUCUAACAACGAUCAAGACAACAGGGUUCAGAGGUUCACUGGUUAAAGACUACACACCUUUCUUUGUACCUUUAGCCUGUAUGUGUGAGCGCCCAACUGCUGAUGGGUGUCUCUGACUUUAAAGAUCAGGUUGUUUUUAGGAAGUUUUAUGGUUUUUACUUGUUCACGAUAAGGAAAGAGCAGAGGUUAGCCAAGCUUUGCACAGUUGGUUGACAUCUUUGGCUGCAUAAAAGGUUUGAUGACAUGACAGCUCCUGAAUAAUGGAGCAAAAACAUUUGGAGCGCCCCCUACUGACUGACACCAGUAUAGGUUUAAAACCUCCGCCUCCUCCAUGCUGACAUAUAGGGCAUGGGUCAAAUUUUAAAAUUAAAAUAUACAUUGAAUAUUUUUUUUAACUUGGUCUCAGUCUUAAAAGUUUUUCAAAGACAUUAUCAGUGCAAUAUUUCAGCACCUGUUAAUGGAAGCGUUUUGGCUUCACUUUUGUACAGCAGGAGGAGGAAACAUGUCAUCGCUCUUUAUGUGCUUGAAUUUUGACUUUUAGAGCAAUCAUCUUGUGCAAAAGGAGGAAAACCUAACUUGCAAGGCUAAAUUUUCUUGUUUCUUUUCUUUUGUCAAAGGUGUAAUGGGAAGAUUCAUAUCAUUCUUUUGUUAGCUACAGUGGAAGCUAACGCUAGCAGCUGUACAGCAUAGCAACUUACCUUGCUCUAAGUUUUUAAAACACAAA